AUGUCGCGGAGGCUGCUGCCCCGGGCGGAGAAGCGGCGGCGGCGUCUGGAGCAGAGGCAGCAACCGGACGAGCAGCGGCGGCGGUCGGGAGCGAUGGUGAAGAUGGCGGCGGCGGGCGGCGGAGGCGGCGGAGGCCGCUACUACGGCGGCGGCAGUGAGGGCGGCCGGGCGCCUAAACGGCUCAAGACUGACAACGCCGGCGACCAGCACGGAAGCGGUGGUGGCGGCGGAGGAUCCGGGGCGGCGGGCGGCGGCGGAGGGGAGAAUUACGAUGAUCCGCAUAAAACUCCUGCCUCGCCAGUUGUUCACAUCAGGGGCCUGAUUGAUGGUGUGGUGGAGGCUGACCUCGUGGAGGCUUUACAGGAAUUUGGACCCAUCAGUUAUGUGGUGGUAAUGCCUAAAAAGAGACAGGCUCUGGUGGAGUUUGAAGACGUGUUGGGGGCUUGCGAUGCAGUGAACUAUGCAGCUGACAACCAAAUCUACAUUGCUGGUCACCCAGCUUUUGUCAAUUACUCUACCAGCCAGAAGAUCUCUCGCCCUGGGGACUCAGAUGACUCGCGGAGUGUCAACAGCGUACUGCUCUUUACCAUCCUAAAUCCCAUCUACUCCAUUACUACGGAUGUUCUUUACACUAUCUGUAACCCUUGUGGACCUGUCCAGAGAAUUGUCAUUUUCCGGAAGAAUGGUGUCCAGGCCAUGGUAGAAUUUGACUCUGUACAAAGUGCACAGCGGGCCAAGGCCUCCCUCAAUGGGGCUGACAUUUACUCUGGCUGUUGCACUCUGAAGAUCGAGUAUGCAAAGCCUACACGCUUGAAUGUCUUCAAGAAUGAUCAGGAUACUUGGGAUUACACAAACCCCAACCUCAGUGGACAAGGUGACCCUGGCAGCAACCCCAAUAAACGCCAGAGACAGCCCCCACUCCUAGGAGAUCACCCUGCAGAAUAUGGUGAGGGCAGGGGGUUCCCUUCCGUGGACUCGGGCAUAUCCCCUCCCCCACCACCCGAGUAUGGCCCCCACGCCGACAGCCCCGUGCUCAUGGUCUAUGGCUUGGAUCAGUCUAAGAUGAACUGUGAUCGCGUCUUCAAUGUCUUCUGCUUGUAUGGCAAUGUGGAGAAGGUGAAAUUCAUGAAAAGCAAGCCAGGGGCUGCCAUGGUAGAAAUGGCUGAUGGCUAUGCCGUCGACCGGGCCAUCACCCACCUCAACAACAACUUCAUGUUUGGGCAGAAGCUGAAUGUCUGUGUCUCCAAGCAACCAGCCAUCAUGCCUGGUCAGUCAUACGGGCUAGAAGACGGGUCUUGCAGUUACAAAGACUUUAAUGGCUCAAGAAACAAUCGAUUUUCCACCCCGGAGCAGGCAGCCAAGAACCGCAUCCAACACCCAAGCAAUGUGCUGCAUUUCUUCAAUGCUCCCCUGGAGGUGACCGAGGAGAACUUCUUUGAGAUCUGUGACGAGCUAGGAGUGAAGCGGCCAUCUUCUGUGAAAGUGUUCUCAGGCAAGAGUGAACGCAGCUCCUCUGGGCUGCUGGAGUGGGAAUCCAAGAGUGAUGCCCUGGAGACACUGGGCUUCCUGAACCAUUACCAGAUGAAAAACCCAAAUGGGCCAUAUCCAUACACCCUGAAGUUGUGUUUCUCCACUGCUCAGCAUGCCUCCUAA